ACUCAUUCUCGCGCAGUUCACUCGAACAGCAACACCAUGCCUGAACCAGCUAAGACCGCGCCCAAGAAGGGUUCCAAGAAAGCCGUGACCAAGACUGCAGGGAAAGGCGGCAAGAAGCGCAGAAAGACCAGGAAGGAGAGUUACGCCAUCUACGUGUACAAAGUCCUGAAGCAGGUGCACCCUGAUACCGGGAUCUCCUCUAAGGCCAUGGGCAUCAUGAACUCGUUCGUCAACGACAUUUUUGAGCGCAUCGCCGGUGAGUCUUCUCGUCUGGCUCACUACAACAAGCGCUCCACCAUCACCUCUAGGGAGAUCCAGACUGCCGUGCGUCUGUUGCUUCCCGGAGAGUUGGCCAAGCACGCCGUGUCUGAGGGCACAAAGGCCGUCACCAAGUACACCAGCUCCAAGCAAUGACUGCCUGAAGUCUGG